AUGAGAUUCACUAUACUCCUCACUGCAUUUGCUGCUCUUGUAGUGUCAUCCCAGACCGCGUUUGACACGAAUACAGCACACACUGUCAAGCAAUAUCCAUCUUAUACUCUUUUCACUAGAUCGAUUGCUUCCUUGGGAUUAGAAUCGCCAUCAGUAGGUCAAUACGCAGGAUACUUCAAAUGUGAUUUGACACAACAAAGCUUGUUUUAUUGGUUCUUUGAGAGCAGAAACAAUCCAGCUACAGACCCAUUAAUUCUUUGGCUUACCGGUGGACCCGGCUGCUCUUCAAGUUAUGGAUUAUUUUUUGAAUUAGGUCCAAGUUCAAUAAACGCAAAGUUAGAACCGGUACGCAACCCAUGGUCGUGGAAUUCCAACGCGUCCAUAAUCUUUCUAGAUCAGCCUGGCUACACGGGGUAUUCAUAUGGUGGUUUGCCCGCUCUCAAUACCGAUACAGCAACUCAACCGAUUUACAUCUUUAUUGAAUUCUUUUUUGAUCGGUUCCCUCAGUUUAGAAAAGUUCCAUUCCAUAUUGCUGGUGAGUCGUACUCUGGCCAUUACAUUCCCAACUUGAUGCACCAGUUCAAGAAAAAUCAACUCACCAUUACAUUCAAUGUCAGUUCUGUGCUUAUUGGAAAUGGGAUUAUUGAUCCCUUAACACAAAUUGGUGCUUACAGGCCCAUGGCAUGUGGAGGUGGUGGACACGAGAGGCUUUUGAAUGAACUGGUAUGCCAAGGGAUGUUGGACAAGUAUCAAGAAUUUAAACGGUUUGAUGAAGUGUGUUACAAAUAUGGGGAACUCUUUUCGUGUGUUUACGCUAGAAAAUUGGGCAAUGAAGUGGGUGCUCCAUUCAACGAGCUUGGGCUUAACCCUUAUGACAUCAGAAAGGAAUGCGUUGCCAAUACUUCUGAUUGCUACCUUGAGUCUCAACCGAUAGAUCAAUAUUUGAAUCUUGAUGAAGUGAAAAGGACGCUAGGAGUACCCUUGGAGAUAGAGUUUGAGAUGUGCAAAGAUUCAGUUACAUGGCCAUUUGAAGUUUAUGGAGACAAUAUGCGCCCAUCUCAGCAAUUUCUUCAAGACUUGUUAGAGCAAGAUAUCCCAGUUCUCAUCUACGCUGGUGACAAGGACUAUGUUUGUGGAUGGGUUGGUUUGUUAGAUGUUUGCAACAAGUUAAACUAUAAACAAUUUGAAAAGCAACAAUUGCGUCCUUGGGUGACAAGCAACAAGGGUAUUGUAGCUGGAGAGGUAAAGAACUUUGACAAAUUGACAUUCGUGAGAGUGUAUGAUGCUGGCCAUAUGGUGCCCUUUGACCAACCACAAAAUGCGUUGGAUUUGGUCAACCGUUGGACCCGAGGUGAUUAUGGGUUUAACAAAGGCUCUGUGUAA